CUCUCUGCCAGGUCUCUAACCCCUUCGCUGAUAGCUGCGGACCGGAUCCGCUCGUACGCACAGCGAGAGAAGAAGCGAAGCAAAUUGCGGUUUCAUCUUAUACGGCAGAGCAGCUCCUCGAUUUCUCUGGCGACAUUCCUGUAUGAUUUCCGGCGACAGUCCUAUUAAGCCGUCGGAGGUCUUGAAUUGAUUCGCUGUUUGCCUUUUCUGGUUUAGUAGAGAGAUCUCUUCUCUCUGAUGGCUCCGGUUUCAGCUCUCGCCAAGUAUAAGCUUGUGUUUUUGGGAGAUCAAUCCGUUGGCAAGACCAGCAUCAUUACUCGAUUCAUGUACGAUAAGUUCGACAAUACUUAUCAGGCUACAAUUGGUAUCGAUUUUCUAUCAAAGACAAUGUACCUUGAAGAUAGAACAGUUCGGCUGCAGCUUUGGGAUACAGCUGGACAGGAAAGAUUCAGGAGCCUCAUUCCAAGCUACAUCAGGGAUUCCUCUGUUGCAGUCAUUGUAUAUGAUGUUGCAAGUCGGCAAUCUUUUCUAAACACUGCAAAGUGGAUUGAAGAGGUUCGCACUGAGCGGGGUAGUGAUGUUAUUAUUGUUCUUGUUGGCAACAAAACAGAUCUUGUUGACAAAAGGCAAGUUUCAAUCGAGGAAGGAGAAAACAAUGCUCGUGACUUAAAUGUCAUGUUUAUUGAGACCAGUGCCAAAGCCGGGUUCAACAUUAAGGCACUUUUCCGAAAGAUAGCAGCUGCAUUGCCAGGAAUGGAAACACUUUCUUCGACAAAGCAAGAAGACAUGGUUGAUGUUAAUCUGAAAUCUACCACAAGCAGUGCAUCACAGUCACAACCACCAUCUGGGGGUUGUUCUUGUUGAUGCGUAGACAGGGUAGUAACUCACAAUUCUCUGUGCUUUAGAGUUUCUGCUCUGCUCUUGUCUGUAAAGUUUUUGUUUUGAAAGUAUUUGAUCUUAGUACAGUUGGUCAGCCACCAUGAUGAGCCUGUCUUUUGCAAAGAAUUAUUUUGAAGCAGCUGGGAAUUGCCCUAGUAGUCGAGGAAACUUGUGGUCGAAUUGGAUUUAAUGUUUCAUUUUUAGUGAGAUCUAUUAUAUUCCUUCAAUAGAUACAGAUUCCUGAGCAGUUUGUGAUGGAAAUUGACUUU